CCGUCAUCACCAACAUAUAUUCAAACCUUCAGCUACAAGUUUCCACUGUGAAGUGGGCAACAUCCAUGUUGCCCUGCAAUAUUGGAGUGCUCCAAGGUGACCCGUUUUCGGUCAUUGUUUUUAACACCGUCAUAAACACACUCGUUAUGAUGUUGAAGACUCAGCCUUUUGGUUACACGCUUAGUGGUUCAUCUCACAAGAUCAAUGCUCUUCUGUUCGCUGAUGACGUUACCCUAGUAUCAAAGUCGCCUUCUGGUUUACAGCGUUUAUGUAAUAUUGUGUCUGACUGGUGCCAGUGGUCCCAACUGACCAUUAAAAUGUCCAAAUCCAGCUGUUUAGGUCUUAGUUUUAAUCCCAAAUUCCAUCUUCGUGAUCCUUCUGUUUCAAUUUCUAAUGAGUCUGUUCCCUUUCUUGGUCCUGAGUCUUUCCUUUUCCUUGGAAUGCCAAUUAAUGGAAACUUGUCCGAUGAUAAUUUCAAAUCCUCUCUAAUAAGCAAGACAAAGACUUUGAUGGAGAAAUUGGACAAUUGCCCUGUUAGUUGUCGGUGGAAACUAAAAUUAUACCAAAAUGGAAUCUUCCCAAGAUUGUCGUGGUACCUGUCUCUACUUCCUCUUUCACCAAGCUGGCUGCAAUCUGAAUUAGAUAGAAUUGUUACAUCUUACCUCAAGAAAUGGUGUAAACUUCGUCGCUCGGCCUGUACUGCCAUCUUCUACCUCCUCCCACAAAAUGCUGGUCUUGGCUUACCCCGUUUGUCUACGUCUUCCAUCUCCCUCCAGUCUUCAAAAUCUGCCCGUCUCUUAUCCUCACAUGACAACUGUGUCCGCUCUUUGGCCACCAGUCAAGCAUAUAAUAAAUCGUAUAGCAACAGAUUCUCUGCUUUUAGAGAAGCAGCAAAGUCACUAUCUGAAACACCAGGUGCUUCUGCAGCAAAAUUGAGUGACAUCACCAAAUCAAGACUAAAGGAGGAACACCAAAAACAACUUCUUGCAAGAACUAAGAAUCUACAUGUCCAGGGAUCCAUCUUCCGUCUAGAGAACUGUUCAUCUGACGUCUGGGCAAAUGUUGUCUCUUGUCUUCCCGGUCAUCAACUCUCUUUUGUCCUCAAUGCCGUUUCUGAUACCCUCCCUUCAAAUGCUAAUCUUGUCCUAUGGAGUAAACGUUCUUGUGAUAAAUGUCCUCUAUGUCAUCAACGUCAAACCCUUCUUCACGUUCUCAAUAAUUGCUCAGUCCUCUUACAAUGUCGUCAUUACAAUCAACGUCACGACUCUGUUCUCAGUCUUCUCUAUAAUGCGGCUAUUAACCAUCUACCACAUCAAUUCAACAUCUUUGCUGAUUUAAAAGACUGUGAAGUAAAGUUUCCGUCUGACAUCAUUCCUACUGCACAAAGGCCUGACAUGUUGAUUUGGAAUAAUCAUACGCUCAAAUUUUAUGUCAUAGAACUAACAAUCCCUUUCGAAACAAACUUUUUUGAUGCAAAUAAAAGAAAAUCAGAACGGUAUACAGACUUCAUGAUGACCAUCAAAUCAAAAGGCUUCACCUGUAAGCAACUAAAUAUUCAAAUAGGAUCUAGAGGCUUUAUUGAUACUGCAAGUCUUCUCCCCUUCCUUGAUGUCAUCUCUAUUCCUCCUCACAAUCAACGUCAACUAUUAUCAUCAAUCGUAAAGGUGACAAUUGAAGAAUCUCGUAAAAUAUGGUUAGCCAGAAACAAUAUUUAGUUGUACAUUACUUGUUAGAGCUUUUACUAUUACUUUACUGGCGCCACAUUAUUGUUAAGUGUGAUGGCCAUGUAUUAGUGAGGUGCUCCUCGUUUAUCUAAUAAAUGAGUUCUUUAUU